AUCCACCUCAAGCCAAACUCACACAUUCUGAAAGAUAUACAGAGAGAGAAAGACAAGAAGACCCUGUGUGUGUUUGUGUGUGAGGAGGUUAUAAUGGGAAAUUACAGGUUUAGAUUAUCGGACAUGUUACCAAAUGCUUGGUUUUACAAGCUUAGAGACAUGAGCAAGACCAAGACAACAACAACCACCACCAACCACCACAAGAAACCACCAUCAUAUGGUUAUUAUUAUUCUUCAACCACCACAGCACCACCACAAAACCACCAUUUUUCUCAUCCAAGAAACUCUUUCUACUACACCCCUAAAGUUUCCCAAUUCCACAACUCACCCAAAUCCCCACAUUUUCAUGACCCACCAAGAAAAUCCUCAAAAAAACUGACACCCAACAGAAAAACAAUCUACAAACCCUCUCCAAAACGCACUUCACUCACUGAGUCAACUCACACCCUCCAAGAUUUCUUUCAUUCUCCCCUCACAAACCAAUCUCCCUCCUCCGAGUCAACUCAGUCCGGACUCACCUCCUGCACUUGUCGCCUAAGUUCUUCCACUUCCGAUAUCAUAAUCGAUGUAAACGAACCCCGAAAGAUCGAUUUUUCACCCGAAAAAGAUCUUAAACUCCCUCCGAUCAUAACAAAACCUUCCAAACCCACCUCAAGAACCCGAAAACCACCGGUUUCCAGCAAGAAAGUGAAAGAAAACAACCAAACUCCCGCGAGAAAAUCAGUCUCCGGCCUUAAACUCCGGUCGAAUUCUCCGAAACUAGCAUUGAACAAAAGAAUUGUCCAAAAGUCUACACAAAGAAAGAACAUGCCUGAAAGUUUUGCAAUUGUGAAGUCAUCUUUUGAUCCACAAAAAGAUUUCAUGGAGUCAAUGAUGGAGAUGAUCGUGGAGAAUAAUAUCCGGGCAUCAAAGGAUUUAGAAGAGCUUCUUGCUUGUUAUCUUUCUUUGAAUUCAGAUGAAUAUCAUGAUGUAAUUGUUAAAGCAUUUGAGCAAAUCUGGUUCAGUUUGCCAGAUCUUUGACCUUUUUAGGUUAAGGGUUUUAUUAUAUAUUAGUUAAAGGUUAAAAGUAUGGUGAAUUUUGGAGUAAAAGUUGUUUGAUCUUCGUGUUUUUGGGUGUUGCCAGAAGGUAAGAAGUUGGAUCACGUUCUAAAAAAGGAAAAUUUCUGACAAAUUAGAAACAAAUUGAAGAUGUGGUUUCUGAAAGAAAAAGGAGACAAGUUUUACAAUAAUCUGACAAGUUCGUUCAAUCCAAGAGUUGAAGAGAUAGAUAGGUGUCAAUUUAAGGUGGUGUUUGUAAACUAUUAAUGUUAAGUAAGAAGUUAGAUUUUAUAUUGUUUAUAUAAGAAUUAUUUUCAUUUUCUUUA